AUGCAUGAUGGAACACCGGCUCAUUGUGCUCAAUCUGUUCGAGACUUCUUGGAUAGAACGUUCCCCAAUCGAUGGAUCGGUCGACGUGGACCAGUUGAUUGGCCAGCACGGUCUCCGAAUUUGACUCCGACCGACUUCUUUUUAUGGGGUUUCAUCAAAGAUCGUGUAUAUGGAACAAAACAUCGAACUAUUCAAGCGCUCAAAGAUGCUAUUAUUACAGAAAUACGAGACUUGCCGAUGGAAUUUUGUCGAAGAGCGUGUCAAUCAGUACCUCAGCGAUUGCAACUUUGCAAAGACUUAGAAGGUGAACACAUCGAGCAAUACUUGUGA